AUUUAAUCCAAUACGUUGGGUUCAGUUUGAAGAUUCAGUUUGAAGUCGAAUGUAGCUCAACGAUUAAAAGCAUAGAAAAUUAAUAUCAAAAUAUGGCAGCAGCUGAGAGAAGCAGUGUUCGUAACAUGCCUGCCAUUGAGCACAAAUUGAACAUUACGGAGGAGGAAAUACCAGAGAACAUACGUCUCAUAGCUGAGAAGCAAGGAGAAUGCCCGAAGACCAAGCAGCAGCAAAUCGAACAAUUUCGCAAUCAUAUAUUAGAACAAAAGAACUGUCUGCCCCAUCGGAACGAUGAUAAGUAUCUGGAAAAGUUUCUGCGUGCGCGCUAUUGGAAAAUAGGAGCUAGCUAUAAAUUGCUUUGCAACUACUACAAAUUUCGCGAGGACAAUAAAAGAUUCUAUGAGAAGGUGCGUCCCAUGGAUUUACGUCAUCUGGGCGAUGAGAAUAUAUUGACUGUGACGCCAUAUCGCGAUCAAUUGGGACAUCGCAUACUGAUCUAUCGUUUCGGCUGCUGGCGACCAAAUCGCGUGACUGUAGACGACAUAUUUCGCGCAACUAUAAUUCUACAAGAAUUAGGUUCCCUUGAGCCCAUCUCGCAGAUAAUGGGUGGUGUGGCCAUAUUUGACUUAAAGGAUCUAGGACUGGAGCAUAUGCUGCACCUGAGUCCCAGUGUGGCACAGAAAAUGAUUGCAUUACUAGUAACCUCCAUGCCCAUACGUACGGCAGCUCUACAUAUAGUAAAUCAAAACUGGCUCUUCAAUGCGGCGUUUAAGAUCUUCAAGCCUUUUCUCAAUGCCUCCAUGCGAGAAAAGCUCUAUAUACAUGGCAGCGAUAUGAGUUCUUUGCACAAACAUAUUUAUCCGGAGCAUCUGCCCAAGCGCUAUGGCGGACUGCAUGAGGAUUAUCUGUAUACACUUUGGUUGGAUAUGCUGGAGCAGCAGUGCGCGGAAAGCGAAAUUCAAAAGGAUAUGGAGCAAUUGGGCUUUAUCUUUGAUUAACACACUGGUUCACUUGGAUAUUUUUAAAGACUUAAGGAAGCAGGUGCCCUUCUUGAUAAAAGCUCCUUUUAAUUGUGAGAUACUCAUUGGUUGAUUUGUGCAUUUUUUUAAAUAUAUAAAAUAAAAACACAAUA